CGCGGUGGGGCCGGAGCCGGAGCCGGGACCGGGCGGCUGAGGAGCUCUGGGCUCUCCGGGCAGCUUCGCCCGCCGGCGGCGCGGGCCGGGGCCGGGGCCGGGGCCAGGCAGAUUUUUCCUGACAGAUCGCCUAGAGACACAUCCAUCCUCCCUUUUCAGAAUGUUUAGAGGUGUAUGUCACAAGAAGGAAAUGCUGAAUCUACAUAUGGGCCACAUUACAAAUGAGGGUGAAGUGUGAAAUAGUCUCCAGAAAAUGAGCGGGUUUUCCUUCAGUUUCCCAAGAUGCAAACACAGCAGACUUGCAAGGAAUGCAAAUUAACGACUUGCUGAAGUGGGUAUGAGUUCAAGUAUCCAGAGAAAAUUAUUUAGCAAAGAGAAGGAAUCUGAUGUUUGAAAUGCUGAAAAGAAAACUUCGUCAGUGUCACAGUCUUAGGCUUCUCCUUCUGGUGCUAAUUCUUUCUUUCUUAGUAUUUUCUGUUCUAAAAAUCAACCAGAAGCCAGACCACUUAAAUUACAGACAUUUGUACCUGACUGGUGAAGACCCUGCCAACCAUAUUAACUGCACCAAGAUACUGCAUGGUGAUACAGAGGAAAUUCAAAAAGUAAAGCUUGAGAUGUUAUCCAUGUCAUUUAAACAACGCCAUAAGUUGACAGCAAAUGAUUAUAUUAAUAUGACAACAGAUUGCACUUCCUUCAUCAGGAUGCGGAAGUAUAUUAUGGAACCCCUCAGCAAAGAAGAAGCUGAAUUUCCUAUUGCCUAUUCAAUAGUGGUUUAUCACAAAAUUGAUAUGUUUGAGAGACUUCUAAGGUCAAUCUAUACUCCUCAGAAUUACUACUGCAUUCAUGUGGACAAAAAGUCUCCCGAAUCUUAUCUGGCUGCAGUGAAGGGAAUUGCAUCAUGUUUUGAUAAUGUCUUUAUUGCCAGCCAAAUGGAAAGUGUAGUGUAUGCAUCAUGGAGCAGGGUACAAGCAGACCUUAACUGCAUGAAAGACCUCUACAGGAGGAAUACAAAAUGGAAAUAUUUGAUAAACCUUUGUGGCAUGGACUUUCCCAUUAAAACCAAUGAGGAAAUUGUAGAGAAAUUGAAAGCUUUAAAGGGUGAAAACAGUUUAGAAACUGAGAAAAUGCCUCCAAACAAAGAAGUACGAUGGAAAAACCAUUAUGAAAUUGUUGACGGAAAGCUGAAAAACAUGGGUGUAGACAAAAAACUACCACCUCUUAGUACACCCAUUUUUUCUGGCAGUGCCUAUUUUGUUGUUAGUAGGAGAUUUGUAGCAUAUGUGUUAGAAAACAGCAAAAUCCUUAAAUUUAUUGAAUGGGCUAAAGAUACAUAUAGCCCUGAUGAAUACUUGUGGGCUACUAUUCAAAGAAUCCCGGAAGUUCCAGGUGCAGUUUCUUCCAGCAAUAAGUAUGAUGUUUCUGACAUGAAUGCCCUAGCCAGAUUUGUGAAGUGGCAGUACUUCGAAGGGGAUGUAUUUAACGGUGCUCCCUAUCCACCAUGCCAUGGAAUUCAUGUCCGUUCUGUGUGUGUGUUUGGGGUGGGAGAUUUAAACGGGAUGUUGUGGAAACACCACUUCUUUGCUAACAAAUUUGACACAGAUGUUGACCCUUUUGCAAUUCAGUGUUUAGAAGAAUAUUUGAGAGACAAAGCUCUGUAUCAACAUAAAAAUUAAAAUGGUACUUUGUGCUUGGUAUGAUGAAUGUCUUAUAUUGAUGAUACUUUUAUCUGCAUAUCAGUGUAUGUAAUGAAGAUUGACUGAUGUUGCACCUUACUUAUCACUCUGGCAUGGGCUUCAGAAACUCUACUGGGUGGUACAUACAAGAGGUUAUGUUGGCCCACUCUUUCCCUAUGAAUAUUCAUACUGCAUAUUCUAUUGGAGGGGGCUGAAGCUCCGAAGUAUAUAUUUAGGACAAAGAAACUUUGGGUGGUCUAGCUGUUUGUAAGUAACAUUUACUUGUUGUUUUCUGUCAGUCAUGCUUUUUUUUUCUAACUAUCUAUAUAUAUCUACAAAUAUUUUAUCUGAAUGCUAAAAAAAAAAUUUUGCAACUCUACGAUCUUCUGAGACUAGUACCAGAUUGUUUUUCCCCAUAAUUUAAAGUUUACUGCCUGGCAAUGAGGAGAGGGGCCAAAAAGAAGCUAGGAUCAUGCUGUAGGCACUAAAUCUCAGAGGAAAAGUAUCAGGAGUUUAAGAAGGAAAAAAAGGGAAAUGACCAAUAUGCCAAAGCUAAAACUUCUGCUGCAGUUCUGAAUGUACAUUAUCCUCAUUUCUGGGUAGGGGGGAGAAAGGAAAAAAAGCAGAACUUGCAUUAAAAUGUUUGCCAACUAAGAACGCCUUUGUAUAUAAGGCAUGCCCUUUUUAGAACAGUCUUGGUUUUUGUACUUUUAGCUACUUAAAUUUGAUGAUUUUUUUUUAAAUGAUUUAACUUCUAAAGCAAUAUUUAUAACUCUAGUUUGCAAUGCACACCUCCUCAGGGAAAACAAUUACUCUGUGCCUGCCUGAGUUAAGAUAUAAAUGCUCAUGUCCAACUUACUGUAGAAAAUGUCACAUUUUCCAGUAUACUUUAAAAAAUCUCUUUUAUAAAGACUGAGUUUAGAUUCUUUGUGAUUAAAAGUCUGUAUAUGACUUAUAGAGCUGUUGGGAUCAAUGUCUUGACAGAAGAAACAGCUGAGACACCAUGCUUCAUCCCACAAUAUUUAAACACUUACUGAAUACACAGAGAAAAUAAAGUAUUUUUGAAAGUGAAA